GUCCCGAGCCACAGUCUCAAGCAGCCUGCAUUGGACCCUCCAGUCGUGUGCAUCCUUCGACCAUGCUACUACACGCCUCUUCACCCAUCAUGAAGCGCUCUCUUACCUUUCUUCUCCUCUCUGCCGCAGCCGCGCGCGCUGACGGCUUCCGCCAAUAUCUCACCCUCCUCACGCAGGUGCCCUCCGUUGAGGCGCGUGCCUUCUCCACAGCAGGUGUCAUUACCACAACGAAGCAAUACAAUGCCGGCCCACAGACAAUCACUCGCACGGUCGCCGUGGACGAUCCUCUCCCAACAGUCGUGUACUACUGCAACGCGAUGGACACCAUCUGUGAGAACACAAAGCGCAAGAUCACCGGCAACCAGGUGACGUGGAACUACGAUGGCGCAGACAAAGACACCACAGGCUCUACCCGUCGUCGCAGCGAUGUGUGCUCCGAUGUCUUCACCCAAGCCUGCCUGGCCAAGUACGGCUGCGACACCCGCUACGAGAUUCCGCAAGACUGGCCUACGACGUGUGAUAAAGCUCCUCCAGGUGAGGGAGAAAUCAGGCUUUGAACGGUGCUGCGAAUCGCGCUGAGGCUUUUCCUCCCAGCCGCCUUUAUCGAAGGCGGCAACGGCGCCGCAGUCAUGUGCGCCUCGUACCGGCAGCAGUCUCUGCAAGGACGUCUGCUCGCCCAAGUGGCCAAUCUCUACGUGAGUGCAAGAGCCCCGAUGCCGGACUGUGCUAUCGAUUGAAUGCUGAUCGGAUCUCUUGUAUCUCCUCCUUUCUCUCUUUGUGCGUACGAUUAUCGUCAACACCAAUACCCCUUCUCUCACAGGCCGGUGAUGGUAUGAAGUACGCCACUGACGGAAGACUUCAUCCAGUCGUGGUCUCGCUCGAUUACAGCGCGCAUGCCUCGAGCGAGUACGGCAAAGUGC